UUAAAUACUUCGCAUGCUCGCGGGUUAUGGUGUGUCUUAAAGACCACUUUAGACAGUCUGAUACACUGAGAGUUGAGUGACAGCUCGUGAUCACAUACACUGACAAUCUUUCCAAGGCCUAUGGAUUUAUCAAUGUCGUAUCUGGUCAAAGUACUGUUAUAGGCCUAAAUCGGACCGCAGACCCAAGCAUUUUUGCCGAGUCGGAGGGAGCCAGUGAAAGCGUUCGAAAGACACGGACUUGGCCUAGUAGAUAAACAGACGGAGUAUAGAGAGGGGAUAACCCUCGGUCCAGCUAUGGUUCCUCUAUGGCUGUUUACAGCUAGUUUUAUUGGAAUUUUACUUCCAAAUGGAACUAUAGGAGGAAGCAUAUUACGCUGUGCACAUUUCAACCAAUCCACACUUUCACAACACCCGGACAUCACUGUGACCUUGACCUCUGAUGGUACACCUGUCGUGAAAAACCAUGUUACUGUCCAGUGUCGGGAUGAAAACCAUUUCUGUUACACGACCUGGGACCGAAAUGCAUCUACUGGACAGGUCAUGUCCUUCACACAAGGCUGUAUCAGUGGCGACAAGAUGCCCCAUACCUGUCUCGACUACCAGUACUGUGGCAGUGAGAUCGAGACAAUCGCUGACUUCAAGAUCUGUUGUUGUCAUGGACACACAUGUAACAACUACUUCAGUGAAGCACAGUUUGAAGUUGGGAAGCGUGAAAAUCAGAUGUUAAGUGAUCAAGCACAGAAGCCUACCAUAAAGGAAAAAACAGCUUCACCAGUGGACACACAGGAAUACACUUAUUGUGCUUUUUAUGAUGGUGACAGUAAUCAGAAAACAGCAGCGUCAAAGAAUGGCUCACUUUCAAUCAACGAAUUUACCUCCAACACCUUCACAGACAAGCUUGUCCUACAGGAUGGCAAGACGGUCCGCUGCUCCAAGAAGGAUUCCUGCUACACAUUGUGGUUUGGUGCAACGAAUGACACGGAGGCAACCAUCAAACGACAGGGUUGUUGGCAUACAUCAUGUGACAUGGAAGAAUGCUUCUCGAAUCAACCAAUCAAACUUCUAGAAAAGAAAGACUACAAAUUCUGCUGUUGCCGUGGUGACAUGUGUAACACCAACUUUACAGAUAUCUAUGAUCCAAAUCUACACACAACACAAGAUCCCAUGUUACCUUCGGCCCAUUUGCUAGACUCGGAGACCUAUCAACUUUAUAAACAGAAAACAAUCAUCAUAUCCAUGGUUUCUGUGUGUUCCGUGGCUCUCAUCACCAUCGGACUCUUCUUGCUCUACAAGCUCUUCCCUGGCACACGCAAGCCUCCUAAUGAUUUACUAACAGAGGUUGAAACACCAUCGUCCUCGGGGCUCGACCUCUCUACCCUCAAACUGUGCAACCAGAUUUGCCAUGGUCGCUAUGGUGAUGUGUGGAGUGGUUGCAUGGGAGACACUCCUGUGGCGGUGAAAAUUUAUUCCUCAAAUCACAAACAAAUAUACCUCAGUGAGAAAUCCAUUUACACUUUACCAUUUUUUGAGCAUGAAAAUUUGUUAAAAUUUUACGGAGGAGAUGAACAGAUUAUAGAUGGGACUACACAAUAUUUGUUGAUUCUGGCCCACAUUCCUCUUGGUGCACUUCAUGGAUACCUUAAAACAAAUACAGUUGAUUGGGCAACAUUCUGUAGGAUGUGUCUCACUAUUGCCAAAGGACUAACUCACCUGCACUCUGACAUCAGGAAGGGAGAUUUGUUCAAGCCAUCAAUAGCCCAUCGUGACAUCAAUACCAGAAACAUCCUCGUGAAUUACGACCUCUCGUGUGUCAUCGCAGAUUUUGGCUUUGGAAUUACCAUGAUGGGAUCCAAAAUCAUCCGCAACGGUCACUACGAAAAUGCCGAGCACUCUUCAUUACAAGAUGUUGGAACUUUACGGUACAUGGCACCAGAACUUCUGGAUGGUGCAGCUAAUCUUCGCGAAUCUGAAUCAUCACUCAAACAGAUUGAUAUGUAUGCCUUUGGCCUCGUUAUGUGGGAGAUCUCCUCCCGCUGUUCAGACUUAUACCAAGGAGUGCCCACCCCAGACUACAUGCUGCCGUUUCAGAAGGAGGCUGGAAACCAUCCGUCAUUUGAGGAAAUGCAGAUUCUUGUUUCCCGUAACAAAGUGCGGCCAAAGUUUCCUGCAGUAUGGAAAGAUUAUAACCAGGCCAUCAGAGCAUUGAAGGAGACCAUUGAGGAUUGCUGGGAUCACGAUGCUGAGGCACGCUUAACAGCCAUGUGUGUGGAGGAGCGCGUUUCUGACCUUAUCACAUUGUGGUCCCAGGAUUCCAAACAGAAAGGUAUGACACCCACAAUUACCACCACCAGUAAUCUAUUUGAGCCAAUGGCCACAGACAGUGAUCUUCAAGUGGAGGGGCAACAGAAGCAGUAUCAUGUGGCCAACGGACACGUUACGACAGCGUUGAGAGAACAGGUGCCAAAUACUCAGUCUGAUAGCAGUACUGCUCAUUUACUUGUGUCCUCACCACCCAAUAGCUACAUCAGUCAGCACCCACAACCGUGUCGACAAGAUUGGGGAAUGUCGUCAUCGACAACUGACACCAUAUUGUCACCAUCUGAAGAUGAAAUACCCCUUCCACCACAGAAGCUGAUGAAUGUAGCAAUGGACAAGAACAAAUUGGUUCUGCGUCCUCACCAAGGUAGAAAUCCCACUGUAGAAAGGAAUACACAUAAACGAAGUGAUGAGGAAUUAGCUGUAUCUGGAAAUCAGCUUGUUUACGGAGGAGACAACCGCCUCAUCGAGCCUGCUCAAAAUGCCCCCUCUAACUUACCAAAUGAUGACACGUCUUUUGACGGAUUUAGUGACAAUUUGGAGACUUCACUUGUUCAAAAUGAUGUUUUGAAUCAUCAUCGCUCACAUCCAAUAUCAUACGUUCAGAAUCAAGUGCAUGGGGACAAUCACCCCGUGAGACCCAAGAUUGCAAAUUUACCUGGUAACAACCCUCAGCCAGGUACGAGUCGAAAUUCAGAGCCUAAAACCCACAAGAGCAAACUUAGCAAGUUAAUGAGUGCAAGAGAGUUAGGGAGUAAGUUGGGCCAGCUCAGUUUGCUCUCAAAGAUUGUGACAAGAAGUUCCGACAAAAAAGAGACUGAUAGAGACAGUGCAAGGAACAGUAAGGAAAACAUGUCACAUAUCAAUGGAAAUUUUGAUAACUCAAGUGUAUGUGCAAGUGCGACUUCAAGGCCAAAUGCAAACAGGCCUAGUUCGCAUUCUUCAAAUUCCAGUAAGAGCUACAGAUAUAACGACAAUACAAAUGUGAAUGUAAAUCGAGCUGUACCAACAGAGGUUCAGAUGAGAAACGGAAACCCGGUUGUACGACCUUUGAACUUGAAUAUUUCUCAUUCUGAUGAAAGUCAUUCUGGGAAUGCGACUGGUAAUAGCACACAACCAGAAAAUCGACUUGGAAUGGCAGAAAUUGGUGUUGCGAAACUAGAAAUGGUUCCCCAGCGUGCUCACCAAUCCAUAGUGAAAAUUCGGAAAGGACCAUAUUCCAAGAGCACUUCUGAUCUAAGCCCUCAAAAAACAAACAAGUCAAAGCGAUGGAGUGAAACAGGGUUUGGGGAGGAGGAAGAGGAUGGAAGGGAUGAUAAAGGAACUACCUUUAAAAGACCAGACUCACUUUCAUUAAAGGGACAUAACUACACUUUUCAAAAAAACUUAGGAGAAUCAAAAACUUGCUCAGAUCUGAGCUUUCUUAUGGAGAACUCCAAAAAGGAGGAUUGUAUUGGAGUAACUCUGAUAGAACCCAAAGCAAAGAUAAAACGGCGGAUAAAGACGCCGUUGUCUUUAAAACAUGGACGAUUUUCACUGUACGAUGAUAGAUUGAUGACAAAAUAUUUUAUGGAGCAUCCAGAAAUCUUACAGAACAAGGUUUGUAAGUCGAGUGCCAGUCUACAGGAGCUCAUGUUAUUGGACAGAAAUGCCAAUUCUUUUACAGCAGAAGAUCACAAUUGUUAGUGAUUUGUGUUAUUGGAAAUGUGUCAGAAAAGUGAAUGUGUCACCAAGUCUGGAUCAUGGCAGUUUCUCAUGAUAGUAUUAAUUAUUGUAUAAUAUCUCAGUGUCAGAAUGUGUCUUCAUUUCAUUCAUUAUCGGCGUAUUUGAAUAUGUAUCGUGCGAUUGUGGAUAUAUUCACUUUCUGGUUCACCCAGGGUGCUGCAGCAUCUGUAUCUUGACAAAGAAGGAAAACAGAAAAAGAAAACCCGAGCAACACACUUUCUUUUAACAUCAUAAGAUUUGAAGAUGUCUUUCAAUUGAUAAAUGUUCAUGUAAUGUCUUGUCUAAUAAAAAGAAUAUUUUAAGACUUAUAAUUACUCCAGCUAAAUGACCUGUUUUUAUGAAAAUGAAAAAUAUUGAAAGAAGUAUUAGAGAAAACUGUUUUACAGAAGCCACUAAACUUCCUAGAAAAAUACUAAAAACAUUAAAAACAAAUGAAUUGACAAUUCUUAAAUUAAAUAUUGAUCAUUCAGUGUUGGAUAGACUUGAUCAUGCAGCCCAGAACAUACUUGUAUAACAGCCACAGUAAUCAUGAAUUAAAUUCUUGAUGAACCUUUAAUUAACAUAUGAUGUGCAGUGCACUUAAAUAAGGUCAUUGUGACCUUGACCUCAAGGCUAAAGGUUCGAUUUUCAGACCAAUAUAUCUUGUCUUGGCAAUAAACCUUUGAAAGAUAUUUAGAUGUGAAAAUGCAUUGUGUUGCUAGAGAACUGAAAUUUAGUCAGAGGGUAUCAAGUUAACCUUUGAUUUUUUGCAAUUUAAGAUCACUAUUUCUUAGAAAUCUUAAGGGUCAAAACAUCUAUGUCAAAUAAACCUGUCCCCACUAAAUAAUUAAGUGGGAAUCCCAAUGGGAUCCUUCUGACAAUUACAGUGGAGCAAAGGAACCCAAAAGUCGAAUCUCAUUUUGGUGUAUCAAGAACAAAUUCUUAAGGGUCUGCUGGAAACCGAACCGGUCAGUAAACUUCACUGAUAGUUAAAGAUUAAUGCAAAUUUAAACCAAAUCAUCUUUAGCUUUGAGUGAACUGGUGAAUGUUUUACAAUAUAAUGAAUAAAAGAUUAUUGAAUGAAACCGGUCACAUGACCAUAGCUCAAAGUUAUGGGUCAAAUAUCAAGGUCAAGUGGUUAAUCUCUUAACUGCUACAUAUUUUGAAAUGAACAGCAAAUAUGACUUGCUGAUGAGGGAAGUAAGUCAUGUUUUGGUAACAAAAUCAUUUUUUCUUCUGUCCAACUAUUCAAGGUUAAUAUACCACUUCCUUUACUCUUUCUUUCAAUCUUUUUAUCUCUCGAGUGCUCUCAGCACUUUGAUCUAAUUGUGCAAUUUAAACAAUCUGUGCCGAAUCACAUGUAGUGUGAAAGAGCUUCAUUUGUUUCUGGAUCAUCUUAGUGGUGAAUUCUACUUAAAGGCUGUCUGUAAAUGGAUAUUCUGUAUGAGAAAAUGAAAAUGAAAUGGAAGGAGAUGUGCAAUAUUUGAUUGUACUUUGUAUUUUAUUUUGUGUCUAGGUUAGUUAGUUUCCAUAAUUUCUUCCUUAAUCAUUUCAUUUUUAGGUGUAUCAGUUCUUCUAAUUCACCUCAUUUUUAGGUGUUUAGGAAAAGAUUCCUCUAUAGUUUGAUGUUACUAUGGACUUAGAUAGAAUGCACAGAUAGAAUACACAUGUACAUCUAAAUUGCAUAGAGGAACCAAGAAAUGAGAGGGAAAACAUUUUUACUGAACCUUAGUUCAUUUGUAGUUUGUGCUAUCAAGAAGAGUUUUAGAGAUAUUUCAAGUAGAUUAUUGAAAUUGCAUGAGUUCAACUGUGUUAAAAAUAGCCAUCAACUUCAACAAAACUACUUUACUCCGCAUAACUACUGUCAUAUCACCAUAGUCUCUUGUGUUAUAAAAUGUCAACUUUUAUUUAAAAGUUACCUUUUUUUUCUGCAAUACUUCUUUCAACAAACCUCAACCUAUAACCUACAUCAGGAACGUCAAAAAGUUUCCAGAUCUAAAAAUGAGUUUUAUUGCUCUAAUACAAAUUACAAAAGAUGUAGCUGGUUUCUCAAAUCUGUGUUACAUGUUACUCAUCAUUCGCUUUCCUUUAAUAUUUAAUUAUUUCAGACAUCUGACCUUUAUGUAAUCGUUAAUCACUUAAAACCCACAUGCAUGGGUUUGAGUAAUUAAGUCUGUCAUUGUUGUUAUUGAUGUGUGAUUGUUUAGCUGGUUUUAACUUUUUCAAAUUUGUAGAAAAUUCAAAAUUGUGUUCUUGUUUUUAUGGAUGCCGGUAGAAGGGAGGAUCUGAAAUUGAACAUUUUCCUAGUUUUAAAGAAAUAUUGUCACAAUUUUUCUGAAUGUUUUUCAGGUGGAUGUUUUUAAUCAUGCAUAUUGAAUUAUUAUAUAAUUAAUUACAUUUAGACUUUGUUUUGUUUUGACUCCCAGUCUCCGCCCUGUUUUUAUCUGGUUCCAUAUAGCCUCUAUCAUGUGCUGGAUGUUAAACAAUAUUUCAGUCUUCAAUUUAACUGUUGGAUAGAUAUAACCUUGAAAUGAUUUUUUUUUUUUAUAUAAGUCUUCUUUCCACAUUCAUCCAUUGUGUCAUGUUCCAUUUCAUAAACACAAUUAACAUUCUAUUUUAUUUAGAUGAAGGACAACUUGGCAAGUUGUCAUUGCCAAUUUGCUGUCUUGCCUUUGUAUCAUUGAUAUAAUCAACAACUUGUUUUAAUGAAGGCUUCAUGAUUGCUGUGUAAUAUAUAUUGCUAUUUUGUGAGCAAUAUUGAAAUGUCUCGUAGACUUGAGGCUUGUUUAAUGCGAGUGAUUUUUGCUGAUGAUAUAGGCGUGGUGGACGUGGUAGCCAUUAGUAUGAACAGAUAUUGCCCCAAUGUUCACAGAGCUUUUUGUAUGAACGUAAAUUAUUUAAGUGCCAAACCAGACUUCUUUUUGUUUUGUAUUGUUGCUUGAAGUAACCUGUUAAGUGUCCUGAUUUGUAUUUUACAUCUUGGUUCAAAAUGCCAUUUUCUUUGUAUGUAUAUAAAGCUAUGUGCUUUGUGUCUAUAUACUGUUACAUUGUAUCUCUGCAAAAAGAACACCUUAAUGUAUUGCCAGUAAAUGAGAGACAGAAUGAAUAUGCAACUGUCAUGAGUGUAGGUAUUGUGAAUGUGUGACGAGUGAUACCAGAGGAAGGGAGGUAACUCUUACUGAAUGUGACAUGGCAUAUCAACUCCCAUACCAAAAUUUUCUAACUUAUUUCACAUUGGAAUCUCAUUUUAGAACAAACUUGGACAGCCAGGUUUAUUCUAAGUUAGAUCUAAUGUCUAGCAUGCAAAUGAGGUUAAGAUUUCACAGAAAAUAACUGCUUUCAUACAGUAAAUCACAGUAAAUCUAACUUCGAUCUAACGAUCUAACGAUGUCACCUGAGAAAUUGAAAGUAGAAUAUAUUUGAAUUCAUAGCAAUUCAAAUUUCAGUAACAUAAAUACACAAAACAAUUUUUAUGAUGUAGUUUAAUUCUUUUCCUUGAUUCCAUCUGUCUGAUAUGUAUGUAACUCAUAUUUUACAUCAGAACUUCGAACAUUCAAACUGUAAAAAGUUCAUUUUCCUUAUUUACAUGUCCAGGCUCAUGUGCAAUGUCCAAAAAAGUUUUGAUGAAAUUAUAUAUGAUUGAGUUAAAAAUCCACACUCUGAAAUUAAAACAUUCACAACUAGUACUCAGAA